AGGAGGAGGGGGAGGAGGAUAGGCAGAUAAAAGAAAGAAGGAAAAGAACCGUAAAGGGAGGAAAUGGAGGAAGGGACUUGGAGGAAAAUGAGGUGGGAGGGAGGAGGGGAGAGAGGAGAUGAGGGGGAAGAAAGAGGAUUCGUGUGUCAAAGAAACCUUCGUGUCUUCUUUCCUCCUCCUCCUCUUCCUCCUCCUCCUCCUCCUCGUUUUGGCGUGUUUAAAAGUCUAUCUUCCUAAAUAAUGACUCAAUGGCUUGUUUUGAGGGGAGAAAAGUCAGAAAAAGAGUUGAUGUUGACAGUUAUAAGUGAAAAAAAGGGAAAAUAAUGAUAGAUAAAGUAUAGGGAACAUAUCAGCCACGCGAUUGAUAAGAAAAAUAAGGGACCACUUACUAUCUCUUCUCAUUUUUUAUAUAUUGAGAGAGAGAAGAGAGAGAAGAGAGAAGAGAAAGAAAGAGAAGAGGGAAAGUCGAUAAAAAAAUAACGAUGAUUCAUUGCCCCAUAAAGAGCAACGUAGGCACAAAAUAACAGCACAAGCGGGAAGAAGGGAAGGAAGAAAGGGCUGCAGUGCCUUCUGAAGGAGUUACGGGGGCUAUUUUACGCUAUAUUUAGUUGACAUGAAAGCCCCCGAAACCUCCGAGGCGGCUAAGGUAAGGGAGCAGAGGUGGAAAGGGAAGGGAAGGGGGAGGCAGACUGAGGACAAUUAAUGGAGGAGGGAUGUGGCAGGAAGGAAGGGGAAAGGGAAGGGGAGAGGAUAGGAGGGUCGUAGGGUGCAAAGGGGUGGUGGGCAGGGGCAAGGCAAUAGAGGAUGUGGUUGUAAUGAAAGGAGUGGAGGAAGGAGAGAUGAGAAGGAGGAGAGGAGGAGGGAAUGAGAAGGCAAUAAGGAGAGGAGGAGGAGGAGGAGGGAAUGAUAAAGGAGCGGAUAGAGUAACGAAGGUAAUGAGAGAGGGGAGAGUACGGAAGGGAAUGAGGGAGGAAGGGGAGGAGGGAAUAACAAGGGAAGGGAAAGGAAAGGAGCAAAGGAGAGGAGGAAGCGGAGGGAAAGAAAAGGGAGGAGAGAAAAUGAGAGGGGAAGAGGAGGGACGGAGGGAGGGCAGGUGAUGAGGUGAGGAAGGACGAAGUGGAGGAAGGGAGGGAAUGAGUGUGGGAGGGGCUGAAGGAUAGAAGGGGAUAGGGGAGGGAAGGGGAGGGAGAGGGGAACAGGUGAGUGAAAAUGAAUGGAGAAGGCGAUAAGUUCUGCAGGUGAAGCGAGAUGAGACUAUGCAGGUAUGACAACAAUUAUGCAGGUAAUACACGGGAAGGUCUUCAUCGUGUGUGUGUGUGUGUGUGUGUGUGUGUGUGUGUGUGUGUGUGUGUGUGUGUGUGUGUGUGUGUGUGUGUGUGUGUGUGUGUGUGUGUGUGUGUGUGUGUGUGUGUGUGUGUGUGUGUGCGUGCGGGCGUUUGCUUGUGUGUGUUUGUUUGUUUGCUUGUGUUCAUUAUCUAUAUUUAGGUACAAAGAUACGAGAACAGAAUUAAAAUGGAAAAUACUCAGCCGUGUGCGUCAGACAAUAUGAAUCUCGUUGCCAAGAUCGUUGUCUCGAUAAUGGUCGCUGGCUGGCAUGACACAGGGAACGAUAACAAAUAAAUUAUUUCGUCACUCGAUCCAUAUCACCCUGCGAGACGUCCAUGCGUCGAGGACAGCAACGGCAAUUAUGUGCUCGGGGAGAUUCCAUCAAAACGGCCUCUCUCAUAUUUACCGUGUGGCGACAAGGCAGAGCGUACGUGUUGCUGUGCCCUCGCGCUGCAGGAACGGGACAGGGAGAAGACUAAGGACAAACCAUCUGCCCACAGCGUGUGUUUCUAUUACAGGACAAAAAUCGUGACCGCAACAUAACUUGUCAGGAAGAGCGGCACAGUUCCAGGCGGCAGCAGACCGGCCGUCACUGAGUCUUGGCUGCCUGAGGGGCGAGGGACUGCACAGGUUGCUUUCUUGAAUCUUCGUGAUGAUGUGUCAGUACAAACCACAGCACUGAAUGGCACAAGAUCAGAGGAAGAAAUCAAGUGGUAGAUGUAAAUGUGUGGUGGCUCUAGUGAUUCUUGCUGCUGCCCUGAUCCUUAAAUAUUUUGAUGUGCUGCCCAUGGUGUCCUUGAGUCCAGUAUCAAGAAUGGCUCAGCACAACUGUUUCUUAUACUUUGCUUAUGGCUCAAAUCUUCUCAAAGAGAGGAUUCACAUUAAUAAUCCCUCAGCAAAGAUGAUAAGUGUUGGCAAAGUUGAGGGUUACCGUUUGGAUUUCAAUCACUUCAGCAAACGCUGGAAAGGGGCAGCAGCCACCAUUGUGGAGGACCCGAGCAGCUAUGUGUAUGGGGUCCUGUGGGAACUGGCUAAUGAAGACAUGCCACAUCUAGACAAGCAGGAAGGUGUCCACCAGAAUAUCUAUCGAGUGAUGGACGUGGAAGUUGAAACAGAUAAGGGAAAUCAUGUUCCAGCUCGAUCAUACCAAGUAAUCCGCCCACUAGAAGACGACAGGCGGCCAUCCUAUGUCUACCUGGAUGUCAUCAUUCGAGGAGCAAAGGAAAAUGGCCUUCCAGAGGAUUAUAUCAAGUUCCUUGAAGGCAUUGAACAUAAUGGAUACAAAGGUUCAGUGGAAGUAGGUUUGAACCUCACCAAGCAAUAGCCUGCCUGAGUGGUCUCAGUAUUUGGAUUCUUGGUUGUGGUUUCUGCAUUUUAAUCUAGUGUGUUCUGUAGGAGUAGAUAAACCUAAUAUAUGAUAUAAUGCUAUUUCAGUAUGGGAAUAAGUGCAAUUUUAGGCAUGUAAGCAGUUACAUAGAUAUAGUUAUUACAUUUGAUCUCAGACAAUAUAUAAUGUAGUCUCAAGAAUCAUCAUAGCUAAUGCUGCAUGGUUCCCUUUAUGAGUAAGCACUUGGAAGGUAUAGAAGGAAGGCACUGGGGUUCACCUCUUCAGAUUACAUAGCUACAGGAAGAACUAAAGGAUUGAUGAACUAAUACUUUCUCAAGAAUAUUAGUUCCUUCUAUAACACUGCUGUGUGGUGUCUGUGAAAUUACUUUUGGCAGAAUAGUCAUUUAGAGGAUUUAUAACCCUGGUAAUAGGUGCAAUGCUAUCUUUUUUUUUUUUUUUUUUUUUUUUUUUUUACCCGGCAACGUCGGCGGACCCAUUUUUGGGCUCCCGCAUGACGGUCUGCUGAAACGGCGGACCCCGUUUGGGGCUCGGCUCAAAACAUCUAAUUUGAGCUAAUUGUAGGUGGUGGCGGCAUAGAGCAACCCACCAUGCAUGCCCUGGGUCAUUGUGGUGGGUGAUUGAUCUUGAGGGGGCUUAUUUGUCAUAGGUGGUGCUGUAAGGUCAUGGCAGACUGAAUUAGCUAUCCAUACAGUAAUCACUUGUCAAAUUCUUUAAAGCAGACAACAAGCAACUCUCGGCUAGAUGCCACAUGUCACAAGACUUUAUUUUGUAACAAACACCCCCAAAAAGAUGGAGUUUGAGUAAAAGUAAAUAUUUUUAACAGCUUUAUGGUUAUGAGAGGAGUACUCUGAUAUACGUUCCAUGCUCUUUUCUUAGUCUCAAAAUGCAGUGUAAUGUUGCCGUUUUUCGGCCAAUUCUCAGCUUUCCCAUAGCCGAAGCCCACAGGUUAAGAUAUGGGUAUUUUUUAUUUAUUACAGUAAUUUUACUUUUAACAAGUGUUUGCAUAGUUAUUUUCAGUUAGAAGUUUGUUUUCAUACUUCUCACAUUCUUUUAACUACAUAAUGAGUUCACAAAUAUACACUUUUAACUACAUAAUGAGUUCACAAAUAUACAUUCUUUUAACUACAUAAUGAGUUCACAAAUAUACAUUCUUUUAACUAUAUAAUGAGUUCACAAAUAUACACUUUUAACUACAUAAUGAGUUCACAAAUAUACAUUCUUUUAACUACAUAAUGAGUUCACAAAUAUACAUUCUUUUAACUACAUAAUGAGUUCACAAAUAUACAUUCUUUUAACUACAUAAUGAGUUCACAAAUAUACAUUCUUUUAACUACAUAAUGAGUUCACAAAUAUACAUUCUUUUAACUACAUAAUGAGUUCACAAAUAUACAUUCUUUUAACUACAUAAUGAGUUCACAAAUAUACAUUCUUUUAACUACAUAAUGAGUUCACAAAUGUACACUUUUAACUACAUAAUGAGUUCACAAAUAUUCAAUUAUUAUAAAAGACAAGGUUUAUCUUUUUACUAGUGAUGUAUAGAAUGUUAAUAUUAAUAGAUUCCCAUAUACUUCACCAUUAGUUAAAAUCAUGUGAUGGAGUACUUUUAAACAUGCACUUUUUUUUAAAUAAUUCCAAAGAUUUUCUCACCAUCUUGACAGUGCAGUAAUCAAGAAAGUGAUGAUGAUGAUGAAGAUGUACAUAUGUGUAUAUAUAUAUAUAUAUAUAUAUAUAUAUAUAUAUAUAUAUAUAUAUAUAUAUAUAUAUAUAUAUAUAUAUAUAUAUAUAUAUAUAUAUGAAAUCUAACAGAUCGUUAAAUGAAAUAUAUUGUUACCAGAGUACUGCCAGUUAUCUGCAAAUUAUUCACAAACAUAAUCACAAAAAGGAUUUUAGACACAUUAGAUUCUAACCAGUCCAGGAAACAAGCUGAUUUCAAAGUGGGUUCUCAGCCAUGAUUAAAAUAUAAUAUUAUGUUGACUCCUUUCCGGUAAAAAAAAAAGGUGGUUAAUGUUCUCUUAAGUCAAUGUCUGUAUCUCAUAUAUCAUAUGACAGACAAAUGAAAGUGGAAGAAAGUGCAGGUCUGGAAUUUCCUCCCAUCUUUCUUCAAGAAGCAUUCAUGUUUUCUUAAAUAUAAAAUAUCUUUCUUAAGUCUUAUUCUAGGACUUUAUAUUUUCUCAUACUGUACUACCUUGCCAAUGAAAUUAACAUAUAUAAUUUAUAUAAUUAUUUCACUUUCAUCGUCACCACUUAAUGUGCCAGUUAAGGUGGAGAGAAACCUCAGACAGUACAUAAGAACUCAGUUAAAACAUUGUACACACACACACACACACACAAUGCUGUUUACAUAUUCUACACAACUGCUUGUCCUACUAUACAUGUCUGUCUAAUCAGCAGGAAUCUAGACAGUGAUACAGCUCCAAGAGUGGCCUUUUUAGAAAGGAGUUAGUAGAGGGUCCAUUCUAGUGUCCAACCCUUAACCUCCUAUACUGUAGUAGCAUCUGAGGCUUCUUUUGCCACAUGUAAAAAAAUAUAUUCUCAGGGGUUCAUAUACUUUCCUUGAUUUGUAUGUUUGAGAAAUACCAUGUUAUUAUCUUUUGUUACUAAGUCCACCUUAUGCAGCUGAAAUAGUCAAACCUUGAAGUACCUGACACAUGCUGAAAUCAUUAAAUGUUCUCAUUAUAUGUGGUAUUGUCAAAGUUUUGCAUUGUUCUUUUAACUAACCAGAUAUAAUACCUGAUAUCUGAGGAAAUAUACCCGUUGUUGUAAUCCUCAUCCAUGUUACCCUGUUUCACAUCCCAAAUUGGGAUGGGGGUGGCUUCAGUAUAUAUAUAAGAUCUAACAGAUCAUUAAAAACUAUAUUGUUACCAGAGUACUGCCAGUUAUCUACAAAUUAUUCACAAACGUAAUCACAACAACUGGUUACAGUUGGAAAGAUAUCGCAGUGAAAUGGCCUGCUAUGUAAUUUUCACCUCCUCCACACACACACUCACAUACAGACUCCGUAGUGCAGUGGUUAGCACGCUUGCCUCACUGCCAAGAGGUUCCGGGUUUGGUUCCUGGAUGGAGUGGAGACGGAUGGGCAGUCUUUAUUAAUCCACGUCCCCUGUCCACCCAGUAGUGAAUGAGUACUGGGUAUCAAUUUGUGGGUUGUGUCUUGCCUCCUGUAUGUGCAUGGGUGGAGGCUUGUGAGAUCCAUGCUAAGUCAAGGAGGGUGCUGACAAGCAACUACAAGUAUCUCAUGGUCAGACUAUGGUGAAUUACACACACUACAGAGCUUUAUAGUGUAGUGGCUAGAGCUCUUUGCUCAUAAACAAGAAGUCCUGGGUUUGAUUCCCAGCUGGAAUGGAUAUGGAUGGGCAGUCUCCUUUAAUCCGAGCCUUUUGUCCACUCUGCAGUAAAUGGGUACUAGGUAUCAGUCAGGGGUUGUGUCCCACCUCCCAGAUGUCUGGGUGUGAUGUAAAGUUCCAGCUGUACCCAAAGAACCAUCACCUGAAUUCGAAACUCAUUCGGGGAGGGCACCAGCUGGCAAUCAUAAAUCCAGUUCAUGAUAUAGCCGUAGUAAAUGGCACACACACACACACACAUGGUGGAUGGAACAAACAGUCACACAAGCCAGUCUACAGAUGAUACAAAGAUCUAAAGGAAGAAUUAGACAGGAUUCACAAUUGGUGCUUUGUGUGGAAACUAAAUUCAACCAAAAAGAAAUUUAAAUUAAUAAAGAUGGGUAAAAGUGCUAAGAGGCCAUCACAUAAUUUUUCGUUGGGAAUUGAAUUAAUAACAAAAAAAGGAAAAAAAAGCCUCAGUGUUUGGGGCAAUUCGUCCCACAGGAAACAAAUAAUAUUGUCAGAGAGACCUAUAUGGGCUGUUGACAAACAUUUGAGUGGCUUUUCACUACAUGGAUGUAGGGAUGAAGAAAUUUAAAGUGACUCUCAACCACCCCAAGCUAAAAUAUGCAGCAUUAGUGUGGUCCCCACAUAAAAAAUAAAAAAUACAGAUAAUCAAGAUCAAGAAAAUACAAAGAGUAGCAAACAAGAAGGUCCCAUGCCUUACAGAUUUAAUUCACAAGGAAAGACUGGAAAAUAUGGCACUGCCAUCCUCAGAAGAAAGAAAGGUGAUUGUAGUGUUCAUGAAGGGAAUUGAGAGAAUUGAUAGAAAAGAUCUCUUAGUGUGGGAUAGAGAAUAAAAAAAGUAGUGCUCCACAGGUGCUACGAACUGUGCAACAACUUGAACAAUGUGAUAGUCCAGUCCAAAAACUUUAAUGGACUCAGACAAAUUUGACUGAAUGAGACUCCAGGACCUGACCUCACAAGAAUUGCUCAUGGCAUAUGUAUCACAACUAGGUGGCCGUGGUGGUGGCCGAGCAGUCAGCCUGCGGGCGUGGUGAGCCUGUGGACCUAGGUUUGAGUCCCAUUGAAACAUGCUGAUUUUUCAACCAAUACCAAGUGGCAGAAGAUUACCCACAUGCUGCCCAGAUCUUCAGUCAACCCUAACUUCAAAGACUUCAUUCAAGUUGAACAUCAGGGGGCAGCAUGGGUCAAGCAAGAGUCAUACAUCAUGGCAACCUUUAUAAAUAAAAUUUGCCAAUGUCACUAAUGGGCUGGGGUCGCCUAAGAGACCCCCCAAGAGAACCUACUGGCACUAUAGGUUGAACCUAAAAAAUAAAAAAGGUAAAUACCCACACUCAAAAAAACUGGAAAAAUUAGGGCUGCCAUCCUUGAAAGAGAAAAGCUAUCAAGGUGAAAUGAUUUCAGUGUUCAGGGCAAUGAUGGAAGUAAACAAAAUUGAUAGUCUGUUGGAAAGAAACUGAGACAAUGUGACUGAAAGAUAUAGAUAUAAAAAAAGUUUUCCAUAUAGCAGCACAAGUGUAGAUUAGACUGGACUUGGAAAUCAAUCAGUCCAAAACCUGAUGAGUUUAAAGCUAAAGGCCUGUCCAGACGAGCGGCGGUGUCCGUCGGGUAGCGCAGUUGGCGGGCAAAUUCUGCCGGGCCUACCCGUGAAUGUUGUCCACACAGCCAUGUUGAUGAAUAGGUGGGCUUGGCCGAUGAUGCCAGUAGCGUGUGAAGUGCGAUACGAUAAGCAUGGCGCCUAACAUUACUAUGAAGAAAAUAUUGUGUAGCAUAAUAAUUGCUUUGUGUGUAAAGAAAAAGAAAAAGACAUCGCAAGUUACUGAUGUGAAUCAUGUUACAAUUACAUGGGAUGUGGGAGGGAACCCUGCUAUGGGUACACUAUGUUAACUUAUGUCUGGCAGGGUCGAAGCUCAAUCCACUGGGCACUGCCUGGUGAUUUCGCUCAACGGGCGCUUGGGCAAUUUGACGGUUUGCCCAUCAAAUGUGCCCGUUAACGGGCAUGCCCACCGAUCAGGCCCAAUGAGUGAAACUCAUUUCUUGUAUAUCACAGUUAUAUAAAUAUAAAAAGGCACUGAUUUAAUUCUAGUCUCAUCCAUUGAGUCUGUAUGGACCAAUGUUCUUUAAACUUUUUUCUAUCCAACCCAGUCUGGAUAGUAUAUGGAUUCCCAUUUACUCUGUCUACAAUACUUUUUAUAUACAGUGUAUAUCCCUCCAUAUGAUAGUUAUUUAUAUUGAAUUGGGACUUGUUACUAAAGAAUCCUGGUCUUGAGCCUAAAGCCCUCGACACCCCAGACUGAGGACAGGCACUGAACUACUUUUUUUGUGAAAAUAUUUAUGAGACUCAGUCUCUUGCCCAACCUCAGUCAUUUGUGUGGUAGGUAUACAAGAAACUGUGUGCACCACCCAACUGGUGGGCAACAGGGUUACUAAUUCCUGACACCAAAUAUAUAUAUAUAUAUAUAUAUAUAUAUAUAUAUAUAUAUAUAUAUAUAUAUAUAUAUAUAUAUAUAUAUAUAUAUAUAUAUAUAUAUAUAUAUAUAUAUAUAUAUAUAUAUAUAUAUAUAUAUAUAUAUAUAUAUAUAUAUAUAUAUAUAUAUAUAUAUAUAUAUAUAUAUAUAUAUAUAUAUAUAUAUAUAUAUAUAUAAACAAUAGUUCCUAGGUGAGUAGCUCUUGGUCCUCCACUCACAUAAGAUCUUUUCAUUCACCUUUUAAGACACAAAAUUCAGUGGCAUGUGCGAUAUCAAAUAAUCAUGUCCCAAGAAAAUAUAUUUAUGAUUAAGUUUUGCAGAUGUAUCAAAACUUUCAUGCUUUAUGGUAAACCAAACUACAAAUUGUCAUGCAACAAAAGUAUUUAGUUUCAAUUUAAGUAACAGAAAUAAAAUCUCAGUGAUAAUUUCUCAGUAUUUUUUUGUAUAUUUUGAAGCUCAACCACUCACUCUGGUUAAGCAGAAACUGAGGCAAUAAGUUCCAGUUAAGAAUUUCUAGUGGACCCAUUUACACCUCGGAAUUUUCCAGUAUUAAAAUCAAAUAUAUCAGCAGCACCACUUGUAGCUGAGAGGAGUGUUCAUGAUAAGUCCUUUGGGAUAAAUGAUUUUGUUAUCUUUGUUCUAGUCAUUAUUAGUUAUCUGCUGGAGAUCUAGCAGUAUGGACCGUCAUCAUUAGGUGAAGAAGGCUGAUGCAUGCAAGCAAGUACAAAACGAAAUAAACAGAUAAAAUGACCCUUUCUGCGGUGUAUGAUCUGUUCCAUCAAUUCAAACCAUUUCCAAGUUUGCCUUCAUAUAGGACCAACUUUAGUUUAUUUAUUUUUCUGUUGACAAAUUUGAUGUACCAUUAACAGUAACUUUAUCUCUGUAAGACCACAUGGUAUUUCUGUGACCACUAAUGCUGCCAUCAAUAAAUGCAGUCACUGCACUGGCAUGAGUAUUUUGCAAUGUGACUUCCACGAUGGAAGUUGAAAUGUUUACUUGUGUAUUUUCUUAAUUCCAGUGGCCUUGGUAUGUGUUUAUAUAAAUGUUGAAAAUUUCAACAUAGAUUUUAAAGUCUAACAGUAUUGUUUGUUGUUGCAUUGUCUACUUAGCCUGUGCACAAGUAUUAUAAGAAUAUCACUCAAGUUUGUAGCCCAUUCAUGUGUAGGAGUCAACCAGUUAUGACAUUCAGAUUUAGUGAACAAAUAUGUUAGCCUUUCGGAUGAGGCUACAAGCUAUGUAGUCCUUUCAAAAUUACCUUGAAUAUUAUUACGGACAGUGUUUUCAGUUGUUUUGAGGUGUUGUAAGUGACUUUGAAUGAAAUCAACAUUCUUUAGAAGUGGGCCACAUUGAAGUAUUUUAGGAAUACAUAUUUAUUUCAUAUUGAAGUAAGUUUGACUUGAUUACUCUAAGAAAUGUUGCUGCUACUUUACAUGUUCACUCAAAUGCAAUAAAACCUUCAACAAAA